ACUAUUAUGUUAUCAACUAAAAUGAUAAAUUUAUACAGUAAGGGGAGCACUUUGAUAAAAAUUGAUAUUUUAUAUCUGAAUCGAUUGAAAUUAAGAAUAACUCAAGAGCAAAGGUCUUCAUAAUAUUGUUGGCAAGAUCAAUCAGUUGCAAAUUGUGUUUACAUUCUCAUGUGGUAAGCAUCAAGGGUAUCAACGAAAAACAAUGCUCCGUUUUGUAAAAAAUAAGUUCUUAAAGUGGUCAAUUAAACAAAGUAAAUACAUGUCUACAAAUUUAUCUAAUAAGCAAUCAGAAGUUCAAUUACCAGAAUUUGCAGAUGUUAUAAUAAUUGGUGGUGGUAGUGCAGGUUGCCAUGCUCUUUAUCAUUUGGCAAAACGUGGAAUUAGUGCAAUACUUUUAGAAAAAUCGAAAUUAACUUCUGGUACAACAUGGCAUACUGCAGGUUUAGUGUGGAAUCUACGUGGUGUUGACGAUGUUGAAAUGGAAUUGCUUAAUACUUCUAUUAGUGUACUAUCAUCUUUAGAAGAAGAAAGUGGCAUUAAUCCAGGAUGGAUAAAUAAUGGUGGCCUUUAUAUCGCUCAUACUGAUGAGAGAAUGGUGGAAUAUAAACGCUUGGUUACUACUUGUAAAGCAUUUGGCAUUGAUGCAAAUAUAAUUUCUCCCGAUGAAGCAAAAGCAAUAUUUCCGCUUUUAGAUGAAAACAUUUUUCAAGGUGCAGUUUACUGUGGAAAAGAUGGAACGGUAGAUCCUGCUAUGUUAAUUAAUUCUUUGUCAAAAGUAGCAAAAAAUUAUGGCUCCAAGAUAAUAGAAAACUGUCCAGUAACUAAAAUAUUAACCAAAGAAAAUGUAUAUGGUUUUAAAAAAGUUGUUGCUGUGGAAACACCUCAUGGAAAAAUUAAUACUAAUGUUAUUCUUAAUGCUUCAGGAGCUUGGUCAAAUGAUAUAGCUAAAAUGGCAGGUUUAAAUAUUCCAUUAAUACCGAUAAAACAUGCAUAUGUUGUUACUGAAGCAAUAGAAGCUGUUAAAAAUUUACCAAAUGUAAGGGAUGCGGAUCUUAGUUUAUAUUUUAAAGUACAGGGUGGUACUAUGAGUAUAGGAGGCUAUGAAAAACAUCCUAGCAUGUUACCAUUAGUUCCUAAAGAUUUUGCAUUUAGUUUAUAUGAGUUAGAUUGGAAUGUAUUUAAUGUACAUAUGGAGUCAAUGGUACGAUUAAUGCCAAAACUUUCAAGUACUGGUAUAAAAUCAACGGUCUGUGGUCCAGAAAGUUUUACACCUGAUCAUAAACCUCUUAUGGGUGAAGACCCACGAUGUUCAGGUUUUUAUCACUCUUGUGGAUAUAAUAGUGCAGGAAUGAUGUUUGGUGGCGGAUGUGGAGAACAGAUAGCAUCAUGGAUAAUUAAUGGUCGUCCUGAUAAACAUAUGUUUAGAUAUGAUAUUCGAAGAUUUAUACCAGAACAAAUGAACAAUUUAGUUUGGGCUACUGAAAGAUCUCAUGAAGCUUAUGCAAAAAAUUAUGAUGUAGCUUUUCCUCAUGAUGAACCAUUAAGUGUUAGAAAUCUCAAAACUGAUCCUUUUCAUGAUCUACUCGUUAUGGAAGGAGCAGUUAUGGAAGAACGUCAAGGGUGGGAAAGACCAGGAUGGUUUCUAAAAGAUGAAACAGCACCUAUUUUAUCUUGUAAAUAUGAUAUGGCGAUAGAUAAAACGAAUAAUGAAUACAGACAAAUUUUAGAAACAGAACAUACAUUUAACUUUCCUCCACAUCAUAAUAUAAUAAAGGAAGAAGCUUUGGCUUGUAGGAAUAAUGUAGCACUCUUCAAUAUGUCUUAUCUUGGAAAAUUCUAUCUUUGUGGACCAGAUAUACAAAAAGCUGCUGAUUAUCUUUUUACAUCAAAUACUAGAAAAAAUUUUAAUAGAAUAGUUUAUACCUGCAUGCUUAAUCAUAAAGGAGGUAUAGAAGGAGACUGUACUGUUACUGCAAUACAACCUGGCUCAAGUGGUGUCGUAGAUCCUAUAUUUAAAGAAAAAGCAUUGUACAUAGUUUCAAGUGGAUUAUCAGCAUAUCAAACAUGGGCUCAUAUUAAUAAUGUUAUAAAAAAAAACAAUUUUGAUGUUAAGUUAUAUGAUUCUACAGAACAAAUAGGCAUUCUAUCAAUACAAGGACCUAAAAGCCUGCAAGUACUACAGACACUUAUGGAAGAUGAAAUAUCCAAUGAAAACUUUCCAUAUUCAACUAGCAAGAUAGUCCAAAUACAAAAUGAAACAGUACGUCUAUUCAGGCUUAGUUUUGUUGGUGAAAAUGGUUUUGAACUUCAUAUACCAAAACAAUCGUGUAAAAAAAUAUAUGAAGCUGUAAUUAAAGCUGGUCAAAAUUACAAAAUGAGAUUAGCCGGAUAUAGGGCAUUAUAUAGUUUAAGUUGUGAAAAAGGAUAUCAUCUGUGGGGUUCAGAUAUAAGAAUAACCGAUAAUCCUUUGGAAGCAGGUUUAGAAUUUCUUUGUCGCAAAAAUGGUACGUAUUUAGGGAAAACAGUAAUUGAUAAAUAUCGUAAAAAUGGAAUCAAAAAGAAAUUAGUACAUUUACGUCUUAAGAGCGACAUUCCCAUAUGGGGAUUAGAAACUAUAUAUAGAGAUGGUCAAUUAGUUGGAUAUGUAAGAAGGGCAGAAUAUGGAUACACGUGUGGCACUAGUAUUGGACAUGCAUAUAUUAAACAUCCUGGUGGACAGAAUAUAACAGAUGAGUAUUUACAAACAGGUAUCUAUGAAAUUGAAAUUAUGGGGAAAAAAUAUUCUUCUGAUAUAUAUUUAAAAAGCCCAUUUGAUCCUCAAAAUAAACGACUGCGAGGAAUUUACUGAAUUUAACAUUAAAGCAUUA